AUGUCUCCCAGUUCUACACUGAAGGCUUGGGAGCUCCCUAGGGAAAAGCUCAUCAGAGUCUGCGUGGAAGGAGUGAAGGAGCUCGUGUCUGAUGUCCUCAGCGGAUGGCAGCAGCAAUCCCAGCACCCACUCAGGAAGAAUCAAGUUUGCGUCUGUCGGUAUCUUCCUUCUUCCACCCUUUGUUCCCUCCAGGCCCCCACUGUGUGCCACCCACAUUCAGGACAUGAAACAAGCCACCAUGGCAGCCAUAGUCAGCUCAUCAGUCUGGUUGGGAACCUGGGCAUGAUCCUGUUGAUCCUGCUGGACUCCCGUCUCCACACUCCCAUGUGCUUUCUCCUCAGUCACCUGUCUCUGGUGGACUGCGUUUAUUCUUCAGCUAUCACUCCCAAGGUCAUGGCGGGGUGUCUCACAGGAGAUAAGAUCAUUUCCUACAAUGCUUGGGCAGCCCAGAUGGUCUUCUCUGCAGCCUUUGUCACUGUUGAGAGUUUCCUGCUGGCCUCGAUGGCCUUGGAUCUCCAUGCAGCCGUGUGUAAGCCCCUGCGCUACACCACCACCAUGACGAGCGCUGUGUGUGUCCUGAUGGUCACCGCCUCCUAUACCUGUGGACUUCUGCAGGCUUCUGUCCACGUAGCCUUCACAUUCCAUCUCUCCUUCUGUCGUUCCAAUGUCAAUCACUUUUUCUGUGACAUUCCCCCAAUUCUGGCUCUUUCUUGCUCUAAUAUCUACACAAAUGUGAUUGUGCUUUUCACAUUGGCAGCAUUUGAUACUUUUUUCACUCUCUUGGUCAUCUUGAGCUCUUACCUGUUCAUUUUGGUUGCUAUCCUGAGGAUGCAUUCGUCUGAGGGACAGAAGAAGGCCUUCUCCACCUGUGGGUCCCACCUCACAGCUGUUUCCAUCUUCUAUGGAACCAUCGCCUUCAUGUACUUACAGCCAAAUUCCAGCCAUUCCAUGAACACAGAUAAGAUGGCAUCUGUGUUCUACACAAUGAUCAUCCCCAUGCUGAACGCCCUGGUCUACAGCUUGAGGAACAAAGAGGUCAACAGUGCAUUCAGGAAGGCUGUUGGAAAAGCAAAAUCCUCACUAGGCUUAGUCUGUUAA